AAAAAUUAAUAAAAAAAGAUUUUAAAUAGCCAUCCAUACUAUUAAGAUAUUCUAAGAGAACAAAAGCUGCAUCUUCCAUAUGUUUAUUUUUCUUAAUAUUAUAUUGAAAAAUGUUUUAGGAUUGAACGACCGAAAGACUUUUUAAUUCAUAUUAGAACUAUAAAAAGUUAAGAAAUAUAUAAAAUCUAUCAAAGCAUAUGUUAUAAACAUUAAUAAUAUAUAUAUUAAAUUAUUAAGUCAUUUAUAUUUUAAAAAAGUGUUGGAGUUAUGUUAAAUAAUACAGAAACGUUUUCAACAAAGUCUUUGGAAAAGCCUCAAAUUGUUUUUAAGACAGGCCGGCCAAAAUUGAGGGGUAUAUAUACAUUAAAUUUGCUUAAAGGAUAACAAAAAAUAGUAUCAUAUCAUCAUGAAGAAGAAGUAGGGAAUUUUCAUUUUGGAGAAGGUCAUCCAAUGAAACCCCAUCGGCUUACUUUAACAAAUCAUCUUGUUCUUGGUUAUGGUUUGCAUAAGUAUAUGAACAUUUAUCGUCCACGAAGAGCUACUGAUGAAGAAUUGGAACAAUUUCAUUCUUCUGAAUACAUUGAUUUUUUAAAAAGAGUAACACCAGAAAAUGCAUCAUCUUUUUCAGAUAUUUCUAUGAAAUUUAAUAUGGGCCAAGAUUGUCCUAUUUUUGAUGGAGUUUAUGAUUUUUGUAGUAUUUAUGCAGGUGCAAGCUUAGACGCUGCACGGAAAUUAAAUCAAAAUCAAACAGAUAUAGCAAUUAAUUGGAGUGGAGGUUUACAUCAUGCGAAAAAAUUUGAAGCUAGUGGAUUUUGCUAUGUAAAUGAUAUUGUUUUGGCGAUUUUGUCUUUAUUAAGAUAUCAUCCUCGAGUAUUAUAUAUUGAUAUUGAUAUUCAUCAUGGAGAUGGUGUGCAAGAAGCGUUCUAUUUGACCGAUAGAGUUAUGACAGUAUCUUUUCAUAAAUAUAAUGCAAACCUUGUAUCACCGGAUAAAAGCUUUUUUCCUGGAACAGGAUAUUAUAAUGAAAUAGGUUCAGGAAAGGGCAAAUAUUAUUCACUUAAUAUACCACUAAAAGAUGGGAUUGAUGAUCAAAGCUAUGUAAUGCUUUUUCGUGCUAUACUGGAGCCAGUAAUAAAUUCGUAUAGACCAACAGCGGUUGUCUUACAGUGCGGAGCAGACUCUUUAGGAUGCGAUCGUUUAGGCCAAUUUAAUUUAAGUAUUAGAGGACACGGGCAAUGUCUAGAAUUCAUUAAAUCAUUCGGUUUACCUUUGCUCGUAUUAGGCGGUGGUGGAUAUACAGUACGGAACGUUGCACGAUGUUGGGCUUAUGAAACAGGAAUUUGUCUAGAUGCAGAACUUCCGGAUACGCUACCAUCUGAAACUCCAUACAUUGAUUAUUUUGCACCUGAUUAUACACUUCAUCCUAAAAUUACUAGUCGUGUUGAAAACAAAAACAAUCGCAAAUAUCUAGAAAAUUUACGAAUGCAUACAAUUGAGCAGCUUCGUUAUCUUAACAGCGCGCCUUCAGUUAUGAUGCAAGAAAUUCCUAAUUCACUGCUCACUGAAGAUGGCGAUAUUAACACUAAUCAUUAA